ACGCUGAUUCUUUUGCAGCCAGGCGAAAAAUACAGAGAGAUGCAAUUACUUUAAACAAAUAUGCUUGUCUCUUCAUUGUGUUUGCUGACCGUUGGCCUUCUCUGGGGUGUCACAAAUCCCUACAUUCGAAUUGGCAGCACGGGUAUAGAACGAAUUAACACCGGUUCCAAAUGGCGAAAUCUCAUUGAAGAAUUACGCACCAUAUGUAAACGCUUACAUUAUUGGAUCCCAUUUUUUAUGAACCAAUGCGGCAGUGUGCUGUACGUGUGGACAUUGCAGAGGACUAACAUUUCCAUUGCCGUGCCCGUUGCAAAUUCUUUGAGCUUUGCUUUUACGGCUAUAACAGGGUACAUAUUGGGUGAGCAGCUGCCGGGAAAAAAAGUUGUUACCGGCACACUGCUCAUAUGCUGCGGGAGUACUUUAAUGAUUUAUGACAAACUACAGCAAGAACAAGCCAGUCAAAAUAUAAUAUUCAGCACAUAAGUUUCCCUAACCAA